AUGGCCGCAUUGGAGGAAACCUCGGGGAAUGCCCCCGCUGGUGCUAGCCUCAAUCACGAAGAGCAGCCGGUAUGCUCUACAAAGACCGAUGCCGAUACCGAACAACGACCAACUUCCUCGGCUUCUGCUUCCCCAGUACAUCCAAUCUCUCAACUUCAAGGUCCCUUUGAAGAAUCUAUAGCCGAAGCAGCCCCUGGUUUGGCGAAUCAAUGGGUGGUAGAACUGGAUGCACAGACACGCCGGCGCGAUCUACUCGAGAAUGACGAGUAUGAACGAUUAUGCGGGAGGAAAUGGCGGCAAAGGUCUACUGAAAAAUACCACCCAUUCUGGAAGCUGGUCUCCCAAAUGGUCUUCGGUGUCCACCUCCUAGCCAAACGACAAGCCAAAUCCCCAGCAGCAGUAAUGAAAAUCCUCCAAAGUCACGUCGACGAGCUAGACGGGUUCCUCCAACGAACGACCGAAGACUUUCUAAUCAUCCACCUGGAUGUACGCACGCGCAUCCAAUACCUCAGUCUCCCACUCGGCAAUCUCGCCGUCUUCGACGAAAUGCUCGAGGACCGCAACUUUCGACUCGCACUGGUAUCAUAUAACGACCAGAUCGAGCACGCCGUUGAGCGAUUCACCCUCGCGAUUACGGAUGCACUUAAAGACUUGCGGAAGGGGAAAGAGGCUAUGGGUGCUUUGUGGCAUUAUCUGCAGCAGUUAGGUAAUGAGGGGUGCUUUGAGACGGACAGUCUUCGGGCGUUUUAUCAGGCUAUGAUGGAGAAUAUGGAAGGGUGGGUUGUGGCGUUGUCUAAGCUUCGGAGACGGGGAUCUGCAUUGCAAAAGGCGCUGGGUCAGCUUGCUUUUGCGGUUACUGAAAUGCAGAGGCGUGUGGGUGUGGCGAGUCGAAGGGAUGUGCGCUCCCUCGUCAAGACACCCAAUAGAGCCCCUUCUCGGAGCAUGUCUGUCCGACAAAGACUCUUCGCAAGAAGCCCCGGCCCCGGUACACCAGGUCGACGACCUAUUUCUGAAAAACCACUUCCUCGCGACCCAUUAUCAAAACCCAAGUCCCGACCUGCUUCCCGGAAUCUCGACGCCUUCAUCACAGAGCAGCGCAAUACCGAGUCCAGCGAGCGCAAACCUUCAAAGCGAGACAGUAUCAUGCCCCGGGUCCUCAAUCGCGCAAGAUCAUGCAGCGCCCUCAUAGGACAACCCGGAAGCGACACGACGGAUCCCUCUCCACCCCGUACACCAUCCCGAUUAACCAGAAAACUCUCCCGACCAUUCCUCCCCAAACGCUCCGUCAGCGAUAAAACAGAUACAAACAACCGCCCCUCGACUGCACCAGCGCAGACUCUGAAAACCAGAAGCGCUUCUAUAGAACAGCUUAAAGCGCUAUGGGGCAAUGGACGACCACGAACGCAGCAGUCAAUGGCCAAACAGCCACAGCAACAGACACAACCACAACCGCAAUCACGCCCACAAACAUCCCAACCGAGAAAUCCACAAUCAGAAGGUCUCGACACGAUGAAAGACCAAAUCUGGCACUUCCUGAAGACAGACCGUGUCGUCGAAGCGUGGGAUAAUAUCGCCAAAACGGCGAAUUGCUGUGGGACAACCCUAGCAAAGACGAAAGAGUGGCCGAGUAGUAUCUUCCGCACAAAGUCCUCCGAGAAUCUACACGAUGGAAGCCGUGGAGGUGGAGGUGCAACCGGAGGUGGAUCUGGUGCUGGAGCUACAGCUGGUGGUUCUCGGGCUGGGUUAUCAGGCACAAAUCACCAACGCCAAAUGUCCUGGAUCCAAGAACCAGAAUUCCUGAGUACUUACUCAUUCAAACAACGACCGGCGAUAUCACCCCGUAUCCACGUCUUGUCUAUCGCUAUCGAUGACGAGUUGGAGAAAAGUUUUGGUGCGGGCGUGAGUAUGAGUAUGAAUGAUGAUGAUGCUGAGACAGGGUCGAUUAUUACUGCGUUACCUGCUGUGCCGGCGCCCACGCCCGCGCCUAUUCCUGCGAAUGUGAGUUUGAAUGUGGACGCCGCAUUGUCUACGUCUGUGGGGAUUCCGUCUGUUGCGGAAUAUACACCGCGGACUGUUGGGGCUCAAGCUUAG